UAUGAACACCUGGUGUAAGUGUUAAAGAGUUCACCGAUAGUGGUAACAUAACGGCAAGAAUAGUACACUGUACAAAUGUCUGUCAUCUACAAUCUGCCUCUUUCCAUUAAUCGUGUGUCGGAUAAUUAUAUUCACUCCCUUUCGUCCGCGCGGGCCCUAAUGACUCACUACACGUGCGUGCCGAACACACCUGUAUGUACGACCAUUGUUUACAAUCGGCCUGUCCUAUUUAUAGUUGGCUUUGCUGCAGGUAUCGAUCUGAUCGGGACUGCAAUUACUCACGUACCGUCUCAACAUCCUUAUUCUGUAAUUAGGGAACAGGUGCUGCUUCCUGGCGCACAUGCGCAGUAUCAACAGGUGUACGCAGUAUCAACAGGUGUGCACAGGUGAUUUCAUGGGAAGGUAACCAGGAUAUGUAUUCUUUAAUUGGAGGGACGAGCAUACAGCGUUGAUACACAGUUACCCACUAAGUGAUGUGAAGUGAUACGAGUAAUAUUCGACAAGAUCGUUUCAUGAUAUCGAGUGUACAUGUGUUGACCAAGUUUCUAGUUAUUGCGUUGGCGCGGUACUGUCACGUUGUUGUAAACGAGGCUGGACAGUUUCAUCAAUUACAAACAUCGUGUUGGCCGGACACCACGAGGUCACAGUAGAUCCACAGUCUAUAUGUUUUAUAAGUAUCGCGUUGACUAGACACUCAAAGGUCACAUCAGAUCUCGAGUUUAUAAGUCUUACAAACGCCGCAAUGACCAGGAUCACACCUGCGCAAAAGUAUCUGUCCACAAUCUUACAAACGUCGUAUUGACCAUGCACAUUGUUUAUGUCAAAUAAGGUACUUACUGAUAUGGCUGUUAACGUCAAACUGAACUACCUACGGGUCCUUACAAUCACAGUUGUCAUUGGACUCCACUCGUCUUUGUGUAUAGCGACAACAGUGUCGUCACCAUCAACAACAGAUGUAUCAUCAAGUGUUGAAACUGUUAACGCGACCAACACGCCAGAACCAUCAACCAGUGUUUUGACAGUGAGUAACACUAACAGUGCGACCAUAUUGCCAUCUACUGUGAACAGUGUUUCAUCGUCAUCGGCUGUGUCAAAUGAGGUCUCAUCGCCAUCGGCAUCGUCUACUCUAACGGGAUCGACAUCUUCCAUUAAUUCUGAUUAUGGUAGCGAAAACGUGUCAACAGUUACCAGCGGUACGAAUGAAUUUCCGUCGUCUACGUUGUCAUCUUCAGGAAUGAUGUCAACAUCAGUAAUGGGUUCAUCCACAAGUACACAGGUAUCAACAACAUUGGACUCGAGUGUCCUAUCUAACUCCCCGGAGUCAUCAGUUACACAUUCCACGGAAUACAGUACUAUGAGUGGGAUCAGUUCCUCUAAUGCUAUCCCCGUGUCAUCGGACGUCAGCUCCACUGAACCGACGAUACCAACAACAAUGUCGACGUCUGUCAUCAGUAGUAUGCCUGGUAUAUCUGAUGGCAGUUCAACCACUGAUUCGGCACUUAUAAGUUCAACCCCGGUAUCAGAAACAUCUUCAUUUCUUUCGGGUAAUGAAACAGACGAACAAACCAGUACAUUUUCAAUCAGUUUAACAACAUCUGUUGACGCAUCUAUCAAUGUCACAACCAAUAGCACAGCAUCUGUUGCGGCAUCCAGCACCGCAAUGACGUCAUUACAACCACCAGCGUCAGACGCGGUUACGAUGUCCUCUAUUGCACCGACGUCCACGGCCCCAACGACAACACCAACCACUACAACAACACCAACAACACAGACGCCUACGACGACUACAGUGAAAUAUCCACCAGUAUCAGGAAAUAUUGAGAAUGCCAUUUUUGAGGUGUCGUUCACACUAACGUUUUUCUGUAACGGCUUUAACGAAAAGCAGAUAAAACAGUAUUUCGAAAACAGUACCGAAUUUCGGAGUGUUACUCUCAGCCCUGAAGGCGGUAUUGGUUGCGAUACCGACAGAAGACGACGAAAAAGGAGCACGCCAGAAGAACGACCAUAUGAUAUCAAGGCGACAGUUCCGGCAACCUCCCAACAUUCCAUCAAUAACGCAACAGAGACAGUACUGCGAAGUUUAAACAGUACUGGGAAAAUAAAUGUUACUGAUAAUGAUAUCGAUGGAAUCGUUGAUAAAGUUAAAAAGCAAACAUCGGAUGUGUGUCAGUCUACUAACUAUUGUCCCUCGGGAUAUAAAUGUUCAGAAAAAUCUUCAAACAAAUCGAAUUGUUACUUCAUGUGUGACACGAGCGCUUUUGACAGUGAUUGUGGAGCUCACGGGGACUGCUAUGUAGAAGUAGGAUAUGAUACCAGUGUGCAUGCAACAAAAUGCAGCUGCGUCACUGACACGUUUUACCAAUACGGAGGUGAGAAAUGUGAGACGAAAGAGAUGACUUGGCAGAUGAUUCUUGCUAUCGCUGGUGGUUGUGCUGGGGCCAUCAUUGUCAUCCUUGUUUUUGUCAUUAUCAUCACCUGUAUGCGGAAAAAACGGACCAAUAGUUACAAUAAAUAUGGAUCAAAUGGUAGUGAGCUGCAUUACAUGGACCUCCAGGAACCUCAUCAUAGAUCUUCAGCUCGAACUUAUCAGGGACUGAUACAUUCUGACGACAAGUCAUACUCGGGCACCUCACAGGGAUACGAAAAUAAGGCGUAUGAUUACAAAGAGUACAUUGAAGCAGACAGUGACCUUCACUAUCGGACUGGUGCGCAUGCUACAAAUGGUUCACGUGCUAACAACGGAUCACGUGCAGUAAAUGGGUCACGCGAGAGGGCUUGGAACCCGGACGAAAGUGCUGACGUAUACGCUAAACUGAACACACGUUUCGACGAUGUAAAUUAUCAGUAUAACAUCAAAAGGGCCCAGCUUAAGAAGUCCGAUGACAACACCGAUGUACGGACCGGCUUUUAAAGACAGAUGUACGUCUUGGUACCGAAAAGAUUAUAUAUCCGGAGGACUAUUUACACACGAGUGUAAAUCCAUAUAUAAAAGUACA